GAGCAUCAACCGCCGUUCGGUUCAAUUGCAAUGGCUGAUGACAGUAAGACGUGUCAAUAAUUACAUACCUACGCGCCCCCUGCGGCGGCUAGAUCGUUCGUGGGGGAUUUGGGCGGGCUGUGAACGGAAUACCAAGGGGGGUUUUGCUCUUGAGGCUUUGAAGGGGUGCCGGUAUUGCAACUCCUGGGAUAGCCUUUUACACUUCAAACAUGGCCGAACAAAUGCCCUUCACAGCAACAUUUCCGGCAGCCCUAUCUGGGAAGAUAUCAACUCGAGUAGACUUCUCUGUAACGAUACUUCCAAACUCCCUGAACGUAACAGCUUCCCCACAAAUAAUGACCUGGCCGCUCACAGGCCUUCCCACGGCCAAAAAGGAUGCAGAAACCCAAAUAUCCCUAACAGCAACACUAUGGGUAACUACCGGGCCAGUCGAGAAAGAAAUUACUGUUGCUGCAUCAAUACCGUCAAAUGUCCUCAACUUAACGGCUGCUUUACCAACGAUCGGUUGGCAACCAGCGUCAAUAACGGGAUCGUUACCAGCACCCACCCUAACACAAUCAACGCUCGAUCAAGGGCAGAAAAGUGCACCUUCCGCACAGUCAAACACAACGAAUACCAAACCACCAAACAGGACCACUCGACCAGUCCCUCGCCUCUCCGGGAAAGCCAUCACAGGCAUCAGCAUUGCCUGCUUCAUCGCAGGAGUCACAAUAACAUUGCUCAUCGCAUGUAUAUUCCUCGUACCAAAGAAACGCCGGACCAAAAACCGUUCCAGGCAAAGCCACCUACCCGACGAAACAGGCCCAUCAUCCGGGAUAACCGUCAUAGCCUCCUCCCCAGUAAAAUCAGACGUCAGGAACAGAGACGGCCUCCCACAGCCCGCCGAAGACGGCGUCAUCACCAGCGAGGUCUCGAAGCUGCAAGACGACAUCAAAAACCACGUCCAGACGUACUACCAGUUCGAAGGCAGCGACCUCAAGCUCGAUGGCUCGAACUUCAGGGACAUGGCGGCCGCGCUGAACUUGUCGACGAGCCAGCUCGUGCAGCUGAUUGGCGACCCUUCGACGAGGAGUGACGCAUUGAGGUCGUACAUUGCCUGGACGCUGCUGUAUCAUCGUCGGGGCGGUCUUCCCCCCGACCUCGACGCCGUGAUCGACGCGAUUCAGAACGGCACUGGACGAUGGAAGCCCGAGCUCUUCAGCCAGUGGAAAGUUCUCACGGGGGUUUUACUAGAGGAGCACUACAACACGAAUGGUGCGGACACUGGAGCAUUUCUAGAUAACGACGAGGAACGUUCACUUGACGGCAUGCAUGCGGUGCUGGGCCGGUUCGUCCGGCGGGGGGUCGACGACGAGAAACGGCAGCGGAAUCUCAAGUUGAUAGGUAAGCGCUCGGCGACGGUGGCUAUUCUGCUUUUCUUUCAGCCGGGCACGUUUGAGUUUCGGUUCUGGGAUGAGGCCGGGACGGGUGUCGUAGUGUUUCCCGCGUUGGUGCAGGUCGUGGGGGAUGAUGGGCGGGCACUGAGCACUCCGAGGGUUCUGUGUGGGGGGGAGGCUUUUUCGAGACGAAAGGGGCUUUAAUGUGACUGUUUUUUUCAUGUAAUUGUAGGGUGGUUGAAUAGAGGGAGGGGGUUGGUGACUAGGCUGGGGUUUCAGUGUUCACAUAGACUUCAGUCCUUCGAGAUGUAUCACGGGAUAGACAUAUGUGGAG